GUCGUAAAAUAAUGUACGUUAAUGAAAACGGUUUGUAACCACUGCACGGAUGUAAUGGGCUUCGAGUAAUUUCCAGACGUUCUCGAUUUUUCUACUUGUCGCGAGAUGGCAUUCGUUGGUAUAAAUGUUGCUGCCUACACCACUAUGGCAUCAGUUAAUAACAUUGUUGAGUAGAGGUAAUUGGUAACGCUACCGGCGAGAUUGCAAGCAAAAAUACUCAGUAUUUCUGCGAAAUUAGAGUACUGUGACUUGUGAAAGUUGUAAUAAAUUUCGAAAAUAUGUCAGUGUAUCCGUUUUUCAUUGAAUACGAGCGUCCACGCCCUCGUCGUUUGGUGGACCAACACUUUGGCUUGGGGCUGACUCCUCAAGACUACUUGACAAUUCUGGCGGUGCCGCAAACUACCAGAGACUACUACAGGCCUUGGCGGAACCUUCAGGCAGCAGAUCGUGAUGUGGGAUCUACUAUCAAAGAGGAAAAAGACAAAUUCCAAGUAAACCUAGAUGUCCAACACUUUUCUCCUGAAGAGAUAUCUGUAAAGACAGCAGAUGGAUUUUUAAUUGUUGAAGCUAAACACGAGGAACGUCAAGACGAACACGGUUUUAUUUCGAGAAGUUUCACGAGGAAGUAUCCACUGCCUGAAGGUAUUGAGGCUGAUAUGGUCAUGUCAAAGCUGUCUUCAGACGGUGUCCUCAGCAUCACAGCGCCGUUGAAAGCACCCCCAAAGAACUCUGAUGAAAGAAUAGUGCCUAUAAUCCAAACUGGACCUGUCAAGAGGCAAGAUGAAGAACAAGCUUAAUUAUAUUUAUGUAACAUUUUCAGCAUUUAAUGUAUGAUUGUAUUUUGCCAAUUGCGUUUUGUUUGUAUGUAUGAAGUUUACUUUUAAGAAUUAUAAAUUUCAAUCUAGUCCUCUUAAUUUUGUUUGAUUUUCUUGCUUC